GAGAAUUAUUUUAUGCUCUCACAAAAUAAAUAAUGUUGACAAGAAAAUAAAACAGAGAAAAGGAUUUUAAAAGAAAAAACCCAGCGUCGUUGCAACGCGAAGUAGAGCGUGUCCAAUCUCUGAAUAAAUACAACACCAAAACCCUUACCGGCUCUCAACUCCACCAAUACUUGCAUCUCUCUCUUUAAUGGCGGCGCAGAUGGAUCCCGAUGCUGUGGCCAAGGCCUUCGUGGAACAUUACUACUCAACCUUCGACAAUAACCGUGUGGGUCUCGGCGGUCUCUACCAGGAAGCUUCAAUGCUCACCUUCGAAGGUCAGAAGAUCCAAGGAGUCCAGGGCAUCGUCACCAAGCUAACAUCCCUCCCUUUCCAGCAGUGCAAACAUAACAUCUCCACCGUCGAUUGCCAGCCUUCUGGUCCUGCCUCCGCUAUGCUCGUUUUCGUCUCCGGCAACCUCCAGCUCGCCGGCGAGGAACACGCCCUCAAGUUCAGCCAGAUGUUUCACUUGAUGCCGACGCCACAAGGAAGCUUUUACGUGUACAACGAUAUUUUCAGGCUGAACUACUCCUGAAGAAGAAUCUAUACUAUUUAACGAUUUAACGAUGAUUUAAGUCUUGAGAACAGAGCAAGACUGUCUCUUUUGUAUUUGAAUUUGAAUGGGGUUUGUUCGUUUGUCUUUUACAUUUCCAGUGACUUCAUACAACAAAUUAAAAUGGUUUCCAGUAUGCUAUUUUUCAUCUGAAUGUUUCUCUAUCCUUUUGUUGUUUUGAGUUUGCUCUAACGAGAGCUCUGGCCAGUGGCAGCAUCUCCAGGUCCAAGCUUAUAGCCUAUCACAGUGUUUUUUUUCCUUCUUACAUCAUUACAGGGAAGCGGCUAGUUUAAAAACACUUACCA